GUGGUCUGUAGCUGCAAUCUCAUUGGCUGACGCGCAAAAUUUGAACAGUUCUGUCUGAAGAAAGAGGGACUGAUCUUUGAAAAUAAUAAUAGACAAAACAUUGAAGAAGUAGCCUUUUAAAACCGACAGCAACAGAUCACUAAUUAAAGAUUAAUAAUACUUCACUUUGGAAUCAUGGAGUCGUCGAGCAGGCUGUCUCUUGUGGCGGCCUUUGAUGACUUGGUCAGAAAUACCACUGUACUGACUAGUGGGAUUGAAGGAGAGUUUAUAACUUUUGCAAGAAAUCAAGAAGAAUGCCGCAAAAAGUGGCUGGAGGCAGAACAACACUCCAAGAAGCUGCAUGAUAAAAUCAGAAAGUUGGAGACAGAGACCAAUGCCCUGGAGACAAAGCUCAAACAUGCCAGGAGCCAGAUAGAACAUGAAAUGAAGAAAAGAACCAAAGCAGAAUCUGACAGAGACAGUUUGGAGCGCCAGGUUGCCCUGAUCAGAGAGCUGCUGAAUGACAAGAAAAGUUCCAACAUGCUGAAUGACCAGGAUCGAGAGAAGCUCGCAUUCCUCAGCACGUGCCAGGGCUCUCACAUGGAGGGUAGUCCAAGCAAAAGACUUGAAACCAUCAAUGAAUCCUCGGGCUCCGUCCUCUCUCCCUCCGACAUCAGCUAUGACAAAACAGAGGAGGACCUGGACAUCUCCUACCUCCGCAGCGGGAGGAAAUUCAAGCGUGCAUCAGCGCCACCUAUUGAGGAGGAGCACCGCCAGCACACCAAGCGCAAGAAGAGUUCCCAUGGAGGCCGUGCAGACACGUCCAUCACUGCCACUAUUCGCGUGGAUCCGAGAGGCGAUCAUGCCACGUGUGAGGUGACCAGCAACCUCCCCAAGCACAAGACAGAGACGAGAGUGUUGAGGAAGUCAUUCUCUGAGAACCAGUUGAGAUUUGAUGAGGUGGACUCUGAUGGGGAAUCAUAUUAUGGUAGAAAGCCCAACAGUGCUGAGAACACACCCAGAACACCAGCGGCCAGAGGGUCUCCAGCACUGCGCACCUUCAACUCUGGCAGCAAACCUUUCGGGAACCGAGGCCACUCUUUUGCCACCAAGACAUUUGUGAAGCCAGAGACCUGCACACCAUGUGGAAAAAGGAUUAUGUUUGGAAAGCCUGGUCUGAAGUGCAAAGAUUGUCGGUGUGUGUGUCACCCAGACUGUAAGGAGCAGAUGCCAUUGCCUUGUGUUCCUGUAGGCUCUGGAACUCCUGGAAACAAGACUCGCGGGCAAGGUAUCAUCUCGGACUUCACUCCAUCCGAACCUCCCAUGAUCCCUGGAAUAUUG